GUGGACCGUCAGGCACCAUGGUGGAGCAAAUGUGUCCCUAGGAAAUUCUUGACCCUGUACGCCAUCUAGGGCCCUAAAAUAUUUCUUUUUUUUACAGCGUCACCGCACUUCCCUUGCGCUCUUCAGUUCAUCGGUUACGUGCGUUAAGGGCAGGUCAGUUCGAAAUCUGUGCACGGCAGGUGCCUGUGAAACCCUCACGCCUAUCAGAAGUGUCGCUACAACAGAGUGCUCACAAUGUGUGAAUCACUUCUUCUUGAUGACACCUUAUACGAGAGGUUAUCUGAGGUGAAGAAACCUGUGUUUAUUUUUGAUUGGCUGCGUUCUUUGGAAAAAGCAUUGCCUAAUGUGGACAAAAAGGCUAUUCGGGAGGUGCAAGAAGAUCUCGUGCAACAAUUAUUGACCCAUCUCUCGCGAUCUCCAAGUUUUCCCACUCACAGGCUAAUUGGUCGUUGCCUUGCGAAACUUUUUCUUGUUGGAGAUACGCUACUCCUGUACACUACCGUAAACACAUGCAACAGUCUUCUUAAGUCACGUGACGACGGAGCUUCGACUACGAAUGGUCGACUAGCAGCUCUGACGUGUCUGGGAACGGUUUACAAAUGCCUAGGCAGGAUGAUUGGACGUUCCUUUGAUGACAGUGUUGCACUUAUUGUGAAGUUAAUCAAACAGUCAGAAUCCCAAGUCAGAUGUGAAGCAAUGAACACACUGUGCAGCCUGCUAGAAGGCGUAGGUUCAGCUGCGUCAGCUUCUUACAAAGAGAUCUAUAAGGCCGCCAAAUCUUGCAUGACAGACCGCGUGCUUUCAGUUCGUGUCGCUGCUGCGAAGUGUAUGAACGAACUGGCUAAUCAUUAUGCUCCGAUACAUGCCAACGAGUUGGAGGCUACUGUCAGUUUGUGUUUCCGAUGUAUGGACGGAUCUAAUUACGCAGUGCGUUUGGAGGUCGCAAAGCUACUUGGAAACGUGUUGGCUCGGUCACAACAAUCUAUCCAUUCAACAUUCUCUGGACUUGGAUUAUCCGCCGCAGGUUUGAGCGGCUCUGCGUCCACCAGCACACCAUCGCGUUCCAAGACUGUCCCUCUCAACGACGCCCUGGCUCUACUGGCCACAGGCUUCCUCAAGGGUCCUGGAGGAUUUUUGAAGGGAACCAGCGCCAGUGAUAUGAUCAAAGGUACAAAUUCUGUCAAUCGGGAGGUUCGCAUUGGAGUGACCUACGCUUACGUGGAGUUUGUCACGCGAAUGGGAUCUCGUUGGUUCGAGUCCAAUCUCACUGCUAUCAUCACACAUUGCGUUAAUCUUUUGGCAAAUCCGCGCGCGACGACCACUCACGCUGAGGCUAUCUACUCACGUCAUUGUAUUGGCUACAUUCUUGGUACUCUAUACCGUAGCCUGCUAUCUGAGACAGUUCAGCUGGUAGCUGUACGAGAAUUGGCUACCCUUGCUCGUCAACGGUUGCAGAAUGUUCAAGGUGUGGAAGUACUGGAAGACUCAAUCAGUAUUGAUUCCAGUUCGACCACAUGGACCGACUCAACGACCGACUUGGAGGGCAAACAUACAGGACCAGAUCUAACGGAGCUGGAAGAUGAACAAAACGGUGGGGCUGACUUUGUUUCUAAAGCUACCGAUCCGGACUCGACGUUUCCGAAGAGGGCAUUCGGACGGAGCUUGGCAAAAGCUCAACGCCAGCAGCAACAACAGCACGCUAUCGUUAGUAUUCUAGACCAACUAACACUACUUGUCCGUUGGUUGGAUUCAACCUCAGCCCCGCUGCUUGACGAGCCCUGCCAUCUAGCUGACCUUCUGUGUACUGCACUUACACAUCCCAUUGCUCCAGUCCGUCUUGCUGCAGCUGUUUGCCUACGCCAGCUGACAAUCGCUCUGCCAGGUCAGCGGGUUAUCCUACUGGAUCGUUGUAUCAAUUGUUUGCAUCAAGCACAACGUUCGCAUGGUGAUGCAAUCCUCGGUUAUAGCGCCGCCAUUGCCGGAAUUUUGGCGGGUGCUAGCCUGGAUAACCUGGGACUACCAGGCAAUCGUGCAAAGCAGGUAUUUUCUCUUGCUGAGGAACUCCUUCGCGCUGCCAACCAGAACAGUCGCUUGACUCUUCCCAGGACACAAGCUGGAUGGAUGAUGUUGGCCGCUUAUAUGACACUAGGACCGGAUCUGGUUAAACCGCACCUCCCUCGAAUGCUCUUGUUCUGGCGAAAUGCUUUCACACGCAGUCUACGUGAACUGGAGGCCGAGAAACAGCGUGGGGACGCAUUCACGUGGCAGGUAAUGCUCGAGGCCAGAGCGGGAGCAUUGUGUUCGAUGCAAAGCUUUUUGGAAUGUUGUGCCCCAAUGUUGAUAACGGAGGAGGCAGUCAGUCGUCUGUUGGCUCCGAUCGAAUGUGCACUUAACAUGCUGGCACAUCUGUUGGACAUCGUGCGAAUAUACGGAAAUCACUUAAAGGCUAUUGCCAGCAUGAUACGGCACCGCCUAUACCGAAUCCUGCUUCUCCUACCACACACUGCGUACACAAGCUCGUACAGCACCCUGCUCCGUGAACUCGUCGCGGAAUUCACUUUGACAGACAAUGUGGCCAAUACAACCACUUCCCUGUUGCGCUCCUUGUGUCGUUCGGAUGAUAGCGUUACAUUGGGCUGUUGGAUCCAGGAUACGGACCAGAAAAUAUUGGAGGAACAGGUGUCAGCAACCUGUCCAUCAGACAGCGACAUCAACGACGGCGAUUCCUACAACUCACCACUUUGUUCCCCGUCGGCUUCAUUCUAUGACACAACCAGCAUAAAUUUUCCAUCUUUGUCACGCCUCGGCUUGCCAACCAAUGUCACCACCGCCCUCACGAACAGUACUCCCUCAGUGGUCACCGUCCUUCAGUUGGGUGGCCCCCCACCUAUUAGCGUUGCUGUAAUAGAUUCAGCUGUGGAGCUCUUUGGUAGAAUCUUUCCUGCCGUACCCAUUCGUCACCGAGCCCAAAUGAUUGACCAUUUCGCCGAGUGUAUUCGCCUUACAAAGUCAACGCGCCAAGAAGCAGUUCAAAUCAAUGUUUUCGCGGCUCUACUAGGUGCACUACGUCGUCUUGCUGAAACUAAAGUCGCGUUUGGCGAAGACGUGGAAUUGCGCAAGUCGACCGCCAACUUGAUCAUGAAUGCUCUCACAAGUUCAAGUUUACUUCUUCGGUGCACAGCUGGCGAGUGCCUGGGACGCUUAGCGCAAAUUGUUGCAGAACCAAGCUUUCUAGCUGAACUGGCCCAGCAGGUAUUUGAUCGCUUGCGCUCAGUGCGGAUACCGUUGUCUCGUGCGGGACACUGUUUGGCUGUCGGGUGUCUUCAUCGCUACGUUGGUGGUCUCGCUUCUGGUCAACAUUUGAGCACAAGUGUGGGCGUUUUGCUUGCUAUAGCACAGGAUUCCAGUGUGCCUGAAGUGCAAGUUUGGGCCAUACAUGCACUCGCCUUGGUUGCUGAUUCUGGUGGCCCAAUGUUCCGUGAAUUCGUGGGCCCAAGUCUUAAUUUGGUAUUACAACUACUUUUGCGUUCACCGAGUGCAGUGAGUGAUAUCCAACACAGUUUGGGAAGAUUACUGAGCGCACUUAUCACUACAUUAGGCCCCGAACUGCAAGGUUCUGGGGCCUCAGUUGCCAGUUCACGACAGGCAUGUUGGUUUUGCUGCUUGAUUAUGCAAGAGUCGUCCGAUGGUAUGCUACAAGCCGAAGCAGUUUCCUGUUUGCAACGAUUGCACAUGUUUGCUUCACAACAAAUGAAGAUGCCUGAGCUGGUAGCCUCUCUCCAGGACUACAUAUCAAGUCCGCAUCUGUUGCUUCGUCGUGCUGCGGUCGCAUACCUACGGCAGCUAAGUCAAAAGGGCACCGAUUGUUUCCAAGAGCUAACGGACAUGGUACCCGUGUCUGCCAGUACUGACGGUGCAUCAGUGAACGAGCCCAGCGAGACCACUCCUCUGUUACUGCAGUUGUUCGGUCGUCUAGACUUGGAGACAGAUAUGCAGGCGCGGCGUGACGUUGAAGAAACAAUCUUGAGCUUCUUGCAGAGUUCGUUUCACCACAGACUAAAGCACUGGCUAAACACAUUGAAAGAAGUUCUCCAGGCAGCUACCAGUGAGAAGUCACCCGCGGAACAACCAUCGGAAUGGGAUCGAACAGCAAAAGGACUCAAUGCGAAUAUCUCACCAUCGCGUAGCUCAGCCAGUCGAAAUCAAGAUUUCGCGAUAUCCGCCGGUGAGGAGACCCAAGCAGUUGAGGACGAUGCACAAGAAGAUGAUACUGGUGUUGGGGAUACAUUGGGUGGCGCAACGCAACUCAAUGCUCCUGCAACCAUCAGGCUCAAUGCGAGAUGGGGCACAAAGGUGUUCGCGGUCGGCUGCUUACGCGUUGUCAUCACCUCAUGCUACCGUCUCGCGCAGACUGCUGCGAAAACUUCUCCAGCUGUCCUUGUCUGCAUUGAUGGAACGAUGCCGCAUCAUGCUACAAACUCCGUCUGCGAACCCAUGAUCAACCACAAUUCCGUCGCGCACUUCGACCUCGCUUUGGCACGCUGUCUGCGCGCAUCGAAACUGGACUGCGCAACACCAACCCAAGAUUUUCUGGUUCUCCAUUUGGCAGACUUAGUCCGCAUUGCCUUCAUGUCAGCCACAUCGGACAGUGACAGGUUACGAAUGGCUGGCCUGAAACUAAUGCUUGAGGUCAUUCACAGAUUCUCUUCUGUACCUGAUCCGGAAUUCCCAGGUCACAGCAUUUUGGAGCAGUAUCAAGCUCAGGUAUCUGCAGCUCUGCGUCCGGCCUUCGCUCACUUGAACCCCGAAAUAACUUCCAUCGCUAGCCUAGUUUGUAGUGCGUGGCUUGUUUCUGGUGUCACCGGUGGCUGGCAAGACCUACAGCGUGCUCACAGUUUGCUACAGGAAGCCUUCGAAAAUUGCAAAUUGGGCGACUUGAAAUCCAAGCCUGACGGACGAAGCGUGAGUCCCCAACUUUAUUCCGAUGAUGCCUUAUGUAUGGAAAAAUUGGCCGUCUUACGAGCAUGGGCAACUGUCUACGUCGCAUGCGCGCAACAUGGCAAACAGAUCGCGCGGGAUGGGCAGAAUUGUUGUGAGGAUAUAGGUGUUCAAGAUGAAUUGCCGGAUGGCGUUGGUGAAGAAGAAAAUCUACCCGAGGACGAGCCGAUUGAUAUGGAUGAUGGACCCCAGCAUUUGUCUUACCCAACGGGGCACUUUUUGAGCAAGUGCUGUGAUGGGAUCCUGAAAGCUUCUCCACACGAUACUUUCCGUCCUGGUGGAGCCAAGUGCGGUCCGAAACAGAAUCGUCGCACAUUUCAACUGCUUUUAACCUUGUUGCAACCGCUAUUACCUACGUUGUCCAAAGCAUGGUUUGCUGCCUUGCAAGAUUACGCGCUACUGAAUCUGCCUGAUGAACUGGCUGCACAACGCCCCUCAAACGGCGGUGCGUUUUUCGGUCCAGAUGCCAACGUCGAACGGAUUCGUCUUCACUAUCUGCAACAUUGGUCGACAUUUGUGUCAGCCGUUUCCAUAUGGACCCAAAACGAAUCACAACGCAUGUCAGAUCUAAUAUAUUCGGAUACGGACUGUCAAAAGCGGAGGAAAGACAACUUUGAUCUUCUUUUGGGCCUCUGUGUCCAAUCACUAUGUGAUCCGAUUCUAAAGCAAUCUGUGCGUCUCAUGAACACCUGCCUACAAUCUCUCCGCCAUCUUCUCUCCCGUCCGGAGCCCCGGAUGUUCCUAAUCCGUAACUACCCCGAUACUCCACUGGAACUGCUUCAUGUGCUCUAUCGCCUGGUGCUUACUCGCGACAAUGUGGAAACGCACUUGCUCUCCCUCAAUUUGGUCAGUCAUGUACUGAUUGCUGCACAGGAGCGACUAGUCAAACAACGAGAGGCUUGGCUUUCUGAAGAUGCGUCCGCCAAUCGACCAAAGGUUUUCUUGACGCCUGAGACCAACAAGGCUCCAGCUGGUGGUAAUAUGAAUUCAAGUGUGUUUCUUCAAACAACUAGCCUUGUCGACCUCGAGAUGUAUGAGCUAAGUGAAGGUGGAACUCUUGAAAGCUAUGUUAGUGAAGCUGACCGGAAACCGAGAGGGGAAAAGGAUGUGGAAAAGAAUCCAGAUGUCAAACUGCCCACUGUUGGACUGCAGGCCAACCGCUCGAUUGUGCUUGCCUGUUUGGAGAUAGUGACAUGCACCCUGGCCAGAUACCGCCCGGAAAUCUUAGCGCAAAUUCCAGAUUUGGAGAACAUAGCAUCUACCAAUGAUCGGACUCACACAGUGCCAGAAACCCGAUGCGCGAGUAGCCCGAACGCCCCAUACGUUCUUGCUGCUGCAGUUCAGUGUCUCAUUCCAAUGUCUGAUCUCUGUGCUCCUCGAGUUCUUCUGUCCGAAUUUAAUACUGUUGGUCAACCGGUCGUUAAGGAGGACAAUGCAGAUGGCGCCCCCACAAACAAUUGCACGGAUAAUUUACUCCAGGUGCUACUAGAGUUGCUUGUCCGGACCUCUCGGACCGCUCUUCUUAAGCCGUUUGGCGGUGCACUUAGUUGGUUUGAUGACCAACACAACCGACCGAAACCGAUGGAAGAUGCUGUGGAUUUUCAAGCUAUGUUUGCGAACAAUGUGUUGGAACUCUUCGGUCUCAGUGACCCAGAUACACAAAUCACUUCUACUGCAACUUCCUCCAGAAUCGCAUCUGCUGUACGUCGACAGCGCUUUGACAACGACCUGGAGAAACGUCGAAUGGAUAGUCUAGUCGGUUGGACACCUCAGCAAUCCUGCUUGGCUGAUGUGCUCGCUCGGCUUGCUAUCAAACUUGCGACUCACCACUACCCUACUUUAACCACUUCCCGGAUAUCUGCAUCAGCACUAGUCAAUCACAAACCAGUUGUAGAUCAGAUCAACGUAGCUCCAUCAACCGAAGAAGCGACCAAUGGGAACCAGCCGGACAGCAGUAGUACUGUUGAUUAUACUGGAGUACAGCCAGGCUUGAGCGGGACGGCGUUGCCAUGUGGGAAUUCCUUUAAUGAUUGGCACAAUAACCCGAUCAACCAAGCUGCAUCGUCCGUCUGGUACGACUCAAUCUCCAGCGCCCUACUUGAUCUGUUACAUCAUGAUCAUCCGAAGGUUGACGAACCGCAUUCAUGGACUUGUUGCCUGGGUGCAGUCACUUUGGUCACUCGUAUUGCUGUCCACUGCCCCUUGAACGUGUUCAAGUCACGAGAACUCCGUGUUGCCAUUACCACACAAAUUUGCCGAACAUGGAAACUCGCGGAUUCGGGAAACACUAUGGACGAAGCUAUUGGUGAUCUGUGUGCACCAGAUGGUCACUCGGUGACCACCCAAUGCCAAGGCAACCCGGAUGAGCGACAAUAUCGCCUCAUGGCUGCGUUUCGCGGGUUUCGAAAGAGACGCAUUUGUUUGGCUGCCAUUGAACUGCUUAUCAAUCACCAGGAAAAAGCUGUGAAUAUGUUCUUCGUUAGAACACUUGUACCCCAGAUAUUCCGGUGGCUUUCUGAUCUGUCGCUCGUGCACAUGCUACCUGCUCCAACGACGAUCAAUGAACAACGCAUUACUAAAGAUGAACUGUCGAAUUCCCUGAAUACGGCUAUGGAUAUUCUCGAGUCGCUGAUUGACAUAACCACAACCGAGAACCGCCAAGGUCUUCUGCUCAUCAUUGUGCCACUACUCUGCAGUUUGUUGUCUCAGUCUUUGCCAACCACUGGACUUACUGCUCGUUGGCUUGCAACCGACACGGUUACACUCAAUUCAUCUGAACUGAAAUGUGGUCUACAUUUGCUUGCGUUAAAGCAUCUGAUUUCCAUGGCUCCUCGAUUUCCUCUGGAAUUUCGUUCCGUGUUGGGAGCACUGGGCGAGCUAAAACCUAGACUUGAAGCUGCUAUCAAACACUCAGCAUCUCCGAUGACUGCCGCUCAAGUUUCAUCGGGGAAGCCCUCGCAUCUAGCAGACCAGUGUGUGUUGCGAACAGGUGAUCGUCCCGUCAUUCAGCUGAAAACAGAUUUUAGUAACUUCGGUUAAGACUGAUGCAACACGCAUGAACUCUAUUCAAUUGACAGUGAUUGUCAUUUCUGGACAAUUCUCACUCAAUCCGUAGCAUAAUGUGAUCCAUCUGACCUCGGUUUCGAAUCCCUCACGCUAUCUUGCCCCCACACUCAUAUCACCCGAUUUCUUGCUUCUCUACCUUAAACUCCCCUUUAAAAAAGUACGAUAGGCACAAUGAGCGCACCUUUCUUUAAUGCUAUACAAGGAAUCGACCUAAUACUUUUAUUUGCGUUCUUCUUUGCUUGCCACAUUUUGUCUUUCUUUGGAUCUCUCGAUCACUACCUACCUGUUGUCUAAAGUGUAAAUUUUGCAUGAGUCUCCUGUCCGUAUCUCCAAUUCAAUCGAGCACAGAGAGGUCCCUUUGCUUUUAAUUGACUGCCCCGCUUUAUUAUCUGAGUUCUAUCCAUUAAGUUACCGUCUAUAUUUUUUGACAGUGUCAUAUUUAGGUUGGUCUUUGUUUGGCAUCCGCUGUCUACUUUUGUUGUCCUACAAACAAGUGAUUAGCACCACGUUUAUCGCCGAUUCGGACAUGUGAUUCCUGUCAUCUUGCUCUGCCCAAGAGCGCCAUCGUGUAAUUUAUAUGUUCUGAAAUAUUACUUCUUUGUCUGUAUGAUUGAG